UUCAAUAAUUUAAAUAGAAUAAAAAUGAUUAUGGUUCCUGCCCUCAUGAAGUUUAACAAGUCAAAAGAGAGAUCUGAGAAUCCAGAUCAAAAGUAUGAAACUUCAAAAUUUAAAGCAAAACUCAACAAAAUUGGAAGAGCAAGGCACCGGAAGGUUCUAACAAAUAGCAAUAUUGACUUCUACAACCCUAUUCAGACUAAUUCAGGAAGUAAGAAACCUAAUUCCAGAAAGAACAACUUUAAGAGAGGAAUCCCUGAGAGUCUUGACUUGGUAGAAGUCCGAAGUAAUAAUGAAACGAAUAUCUCACAAAAUUUUAAUAAAUAUAAACAAGCAUUUAAGGCUACACCAGGCGUUCUUGACUUUAGGGAAUCUACUCAUCUGAUGAAAUCAUACCAUUAUGACAAGCCGCCUGCGAAUUUCACGAUCAUAAAUAAAAGAAAUAAAACAAAAGAGAAAAAGACCAGCUUAGUUCUGGCAAAGAGCGAAGGAUUAGGGAUUGGUAGAGCAAAGAAGAAGAUAAUAAAACAUUCCUCAGAAUUGGGAUCAGUUCGAAGAAUUCAUUCUCCAAAAAGACCUCAAACAGGAGUCGCUAAGAGUUCCCAAAGGUUUCGACAAAUUCAGAUUUCCAGGAGGGACACAGAAUAUCAGAACUUAAAAUAAAGAAAUAGAUAUCACCAACAAAGAACUCAGCUCCAGUAUUGACAUUAAAUCAAUUUCAAAAAGAACUAGAUUUGAAGAUAGUGAACCAGUCCAGAGCACUAUUCAAAACCAAGACCUCAGCACAGUCUUACACAAUAAAAGGCCAAUGACAGGAAGUCUUCGUAAUAAUUUGGCAAUUCGAGCAAGUCUGAACAAUUCUUCAGGAAAUAUAAGAAUUACUAAGAGAAGUAAGAGAAGAAAUGACUCACUCGGAUUUUUGAAAACUGAUUUGAAUUAUUCUUACAACACUAAGCCUCCAAGACAUGAGAAAGUAUCCAAAUUUGGGAAUACAAGAGACUCUGCUGUUCAAAACUCAGAAAAGAACAAAACUUCUCGAUCUCUACUUCAAGCUCAGAACCAGACUAAUGUACUAGCAAAGCAGAUGAUAGAAACCUACCACAUGUUGUCAAGUAAGAAGAAAAAGGAUGCAGACCAGUAUAUAUACUCUGACUUAAAGAAUGAGUCGCCCACUUCAAAAGCAAGCUACAAGGUUCAGAUUAGAGCAGAUUAUGCACCGAAGAAAGAACCUAAGGGUAUCAUUAAUAAUGAACAGUUUAAUAUGACCAAAGAUGACCAGAAGAUGCUUGAAAAGAUCUUAAAAAGCAAUAAAAGAAAAUAGUUCAGGAAGAGGAAAAAGACCCAAAUUUAAACAGAAUAAUGAAGUUGAAUUUCUAGAGUAUGAAAAUCAGAAAUUUAUGAAGAAGAGAAGAAAUAGAGGAAUCAAAAAUAGCCGAUCUAAGUCCAAUCUACCCAAUGAUAUGGAUAUGAAAUACAGAGAUGCUUUGAAAAGAUUUAAGAGAAAGCAUAGAUUGAAGUAA